AUGUGGACUACCUCCAAAUCCGUACCGGCGGAGGCUCCCGACCCCCCGAGGCCCAUUGAAGAUGUAGCAGAUACGGGAGAAGUUGCCGAAGGCGGACUGGGCACCGAGCAAGUCGAGAAGCCGCCUGUCCCCGCGCCGCCAUCAAGACCGGGACUGCAACGAAAUUCUCUGUCUUCUGGUCUCCCAGCAGGUGGUCCUGGGCCUCAAGGCAAGCCAAAGCCACAGCCUCUCCAGCAGCAGCAGCAGCAGCAGCAAAGUGCGGCGCCCACAGACUCCCUCUCGCUACUCCAACUGCGCCGCAUCGUCGCUGAGGUGAACCGCGCCGAACCAGUUGCCUACGACUUUGUCUACUCAGACAUGGGACCCCACGCCGAGGAGAUUGACGAGUGGUUCGUGUAUCAGUUCUGGCAAUGGGUGCGCCUGAAUGCCGCGCAAAAGGCAUUCGAGUGGCAUUGGAACCACGACUCAGAUGGUCAGCAUGCGUGGGAUGACGCCGACCACGACACACGGGCCAAGUUUAUACAGGCGGCCAUUGCGGGGGUCCAGUCCAACGAUGCGGCCCUGCGCUCUGCGUCCAUUGGCAAGAUUGUGUACCUAGUCUUGGGCCGCUGGGGGGACACGGCUAUGCCGAAUGCUACGGAUGGACGGAGUCGGUCCAUUGCGAGUAUACCGCAGCUGCAGGCUAUCAAGGCUGGUGUGGAGUGUUUGGCCUCCUUGGAGGGAUUGCCUGUGAUUUGGGAAGCGUUGAGGAAUUGUUUUGAAUUGCAUUGGUCUGGCGAUAUUCACCAGCAGGCAAGUCCGCAAGAGGCUCAGGACGAAUUGAUGAAUCUCAUGACGAUUAUGUAUAUUGCUAUUCAGGAGACGCUGAACGAUCCGGAGGACAUGGCCUCGUCGUACAGGGCGUUGUUGGAGUUGAAUCCGUCUUUGGUCGAUUUUAUGUUGACGGCUACUUCUAAACUGCGAUGGGAUGAGCAGAAUACAAUGCCGCUGACACAGAUCUUCCUGUUAUUCUGGAAAACCAUCUUGCUGGUGUUUGGCGGUAUACAAGACCUUGCAAAUAUUAAGGCGGCCAUGAGCGAGAUGCAAGGAGGCAUGACCAAGGAAACCAUAUCUGCAUCGCCUUUGGAUUACCACGUGUUCCGACAGGAGAUCACGUCCAAGUAUCCUGCAUACGUCCCUCCACAGCCACUACUCCCCCUUGAAGAUGAGAAUACGUCGAUUCUACCACCUAUACCAAACCAAUCGGCGCGAAACAAUGGCUCGAACGGCAUCAUUGCGACACCUGGUCAGUCGCAAAUCGGUGGUGCCUCCAUCUUAAACCAGCCUGUCCACAUUGCUACGCCGGCACCAUCACCUCCUCCCUCGCCUGGAGUGGGCGGCAAAGCAGGCAAGAAGCAGAAUUACCAGACAAACCAAAAUUUCCCCUUCAUGUACCCUCCCUUGGAUGCCACUAGUAACAGCGCUGGCGGCAAGGGCAUGGCCGGUAUCGAUGACUCAAUAGUCAGUCGGAGAUGGGAGGGAAGUGAUAUUCCUGCUUCCAUCCUCGAGGCCGGCGAGCUCUUCUCUACGAGGGUGCGCAUGACACGGGCCACGCGGCAGAUGUGGGAAGAGCGAGAGCGCUUUCUCAAAUUUGAACGCGGAUGGACAGAGGGUGACGAUGAUGAAGACGAGAUUGAAGAUCUCGAUCUAAAUGAAUUGACGCUGGAGGAGAGAGAGGUCCUCAAGGAAGUGAGGGCUGAAGAGAGGGCGGAAAGAUUUGCGCACGACAAGGAACCCGAGGUGGAUUACGGACCGCACCCCGACAAGCUGUCAGACAGGGACAAGCAACGAUUACUGGCGGUUGAGAGAUUCUAUAAAGAAGCGCUCCCUCAUUUACAGUCCCUGGUCAUCGUUUUGCUACGACCAAUACUGGUCAACGUCACUGCUAUAGUGACUCAGCAAGCCGGUCAGAUGCCAAAUGGCAUGGCAGGCAGAGGAAACAACCCCGGAAUGAAUGGCGGCCCCAGUGGGCCGAGGCCUCCAGAAGUUCCUGGACAGAUUGCUGCACAGGAAGAGCCGGAACCUUCGCCCGAGGAGGUUGAUGCGGUGAGGACAAGAGAAAUCACGUCCAAGGCCAUGACUGGCAUUCUCGUACUGCUACUCAAGUGGCUACGAAUAUCUCAUGUGCUCAAGUUUGAGUAUUUAACGCAACUACUUUUGGACUCGAAUUACGUGCCACUCGUGCUGAAGCUCUUCGCCCACCAAGACGUGCAACAGGUGGUGGACAGCAAGAUGGAUCGAGUGGAAAACAGCUUCUUCCAAUUCUGCAAUCUGCGUUCCAAGUUCAAGGAUAAGACCGACAGCGACCUGGAAAAUGAGGACGAAGAAGGUGAGGCGGUUGAAGGUGAACAAAGGACAGAACAGCAGCACCCAGACUCAGAAAACAACAGCGAAGACGAAGCAGUACCGCCGCCUAUCAAACGCAAACGCUCGCCCGUGGACCAGCCUGAACACCAGGACGAGGAAGACGAAGGCGAAGCCAGCGACGACCAAGCCUCAACGCGUCCCGAGGUCGACGAACUCGGCUACCCCGUCAAUCCCCUCCCCGAAGAACCCAUCACCGACUUCUCCCGGCGCAACUUCUUCUCCCUAAUAAACUACCUCCGGGUCCUACAAAAGAUCUGCAAGAACAAAUCCCACCGCAACCUCCUCCUCGUGCAGUACAAGUCGUCCACCAUCCUUCGCAAGUCGCUGCGCGUCCCGCAGCCCGAACUCCGCCUGUACACGCUCAAGCUGUUCAAGAACCAAGUGCCCUACUGCGGACGCAAGUGGCGACAAUCAAACAUGCGCGUCAUCACGGCCGUGUACCUGCACUGUCGGCCUGAGUUGAGAGAUGAGUGGCUGGCGGGGAGCGACGUCGAUGCCGAGGUGGAUUCUGCGCUGCCGCUGGAGCAGGCGCUCAGGAGUCUGACGCAUUGGUUGAAUGUGCGGCGGUAUCCGGACAAGAUUGCGGCGGAUAUAAGGAGUGCGAUGAGGGAGGAGCAGGAUUUUUUUAGUAGGGAGUUGGAGAAGAUUGAUGUUGGGUGGGGGGAUGAUGGGGAGGGCAGUGAGAUGGAUCUUGUGGAGGGGUGGGCGUGA